UGUGUGUGUGUGUGUGUCUGACCAGCCAACAGAGGGACUUCACUCAGUGGAGAAACUAGACGAGUGGAAAGAAGUGUAACAGGGUAAGGAAGGACAGGAGCGAACACUCGGCACAGAGCAGAACUUUGAAGAAGACGGUGAUGCUGAGGUUUAACUCCAUCCACUUAUGAGAAUAACGAUUUUGCCCCACCCACACCUCCAACAUGGCUGAUAAAAACUUCUCAGGUGCACCUCCUCCCACCCAGAAUGGGAGGAUCGAGCCAAUGACAUCCAAAUGCUCUCCACCCCUCCACCAUAAUGGUAGUCUGGAAACCGGGCUAGGAUGUAGUCCCAGCAACACCAGCGCUGUUCCUCACUCAGCGGCCAGCAGCAGGAACUCAGUCUCCACCUCUCCCCUCAGGACCCUUCGGACCCUGGGAGACCUUGUGACUCCUGGACCAGGUCCAGGCCCUGAAGAAAGCUCCAUCAGACCCCGGGGUCAGAGCCUGGGCUCUGCUCUGAGCUCCAGGACCAGAGCCAUGACUUCAAGGAGCAAGCAUCGUAGCGGCCAGCAGGAGGAACCAGAUGCCUUGUUGGAUCUGAUUCUGGAGUGUCAGGGUCAGAGACUGGAGGACCAAAGAGCCAGCCUCAGCCUGCUCCCUGACCCAGGACCAGCUGCUCUUUGUGGGGCCUGCAGCUCUGACCAGCCUAGCCCGCCUACUCUGGACUUCUACUACAUGCUCAUACACUACCAGUCUGACAGGAUGGAUGAUCAGAGAUGUUCUCUUCCUGAUCUUGAUGACGUUCUUCAUUCGGCUCCUGAAGGUCAGGAGGAUUUCUUCACUUUGAUUCAGAGAGCUCAGUCCAGGAGGAUGGACGAGCAGCGAGCUUCUCUUCAAACACACACAGCUGGCUCCUCCCACCACUGUCAUCAUCACUGAUGAGGAGCACCUUCUGAUAGGCUGCUUUGGCUGAAUUGUUGUCAACCUGUCAGGAUGUUUUUGAACAGAUGAUUCACACACUGUGGAAACCUCUGACUCCAAACUGAUUGUGGUAGACACACCUGAGCUGAGAACAGCAGGGACAGGGUCCUUCCAGUGAAAGGUUAUGUGUGGAGUUUGAAUACUCAGAACGUUAUAGAUCAGAGUUACUCUGAUCCACAUCCUGCUACCUGUGUAUUUUCAGUUUGACUUGUUCUGAUUUUCAUCCGUCUCUGUCCGGGUGAGCAUCCACUGUCCACCUGAGAGUGGACUACUGGAUAGCUUAUAAAGUUCGAUAACUUAUCUAAUACCUCUUACCUUAGUCAUGAACAGAGAAUGGUUUUCUCUCUGUAUGUCUGUGACUGUCCAGUUUUUCUCUGAUGACACAUCAGUAACAUCUGAACUAAUACGGUUUUAACGCACACUGUGAGAUCAGUCAUCUCUCUGACCUAAAGCUCUGCAAAGUGUCUGGUAGCAUUUUUAAGAGCGAAACACAAACAGUCAGAGUUAUAUUCUGUUAAUAACAGGUGUUCACCUGCCUGUGAACAGGUGCCGUUCACACAUUUAUUAACUAACCCGAACCCUCUGGUGAAUCUGACUCGUCCAAACAAACCCAACAGAAAAAGUCAAAGUUUCAUGAGGAGAAAACUAAAAUGCUCUUCUGUGGAAUCUGGUGAGUUUUGGUAAGAAACACAGGUCACCUGCACCUGGCAGAUCACAUGACUCACGGGGAGGGCGCAUAAUUAAGGAUACAGUCUUUUCCCCUGCAGGAAUUCAUGCUGCAUUUGAUUUGUACUCGUAAGGCCCUGUGAUACCAGAUAGUGACAGAGAAACAGA